AUGGCUCUGUCUUUAGCCCUGACAGCGACCCCGGAGGGACUCAGGGUGAGACAGAAUCCUCCCUCUCUUCGUGUGAUGCGCGGUGAAACGGCAAAACUGUUCUGUCAUUUCAAAGUUGAAUCCCUCAAGUAUGGGGUUCAGUGGUUCAAAAUGAAGCCGGGGAAGCAGCUCAUCCCGAAGUCAUCCAGGCACGUCGUUGUGAAGGAGGAUCAAACUUCGUCCCUGGAGAUCUCCGGGGUAGCGCUGGAGGAUUCUGGGUGGUAUUACUGCGAGGUGAAUGUCCUACAGAGGGACCCAGGAAUGGGAAACGGCACCAAGCUGGUUGUCUUGGGUGAGAAACUAACUGCACAGAUCAGAAAUUCAUCAGGGUUUGCCCUGCUCGGGUGAUGUUUCCAUGCUGGUAAUUAAAGCUCAUUUGUAUCUUUUGUUGGAACAGCGUUUAGUCUUAGUCAGCUCGAUACAAGCUGCAGGUGUAGACCAUGCAUCUCCAUGAAAGGGAAAGAGGGCCAAACUCCAUCCAUAAAAAUUCAAGUCAUGUGAAAUUCCCUCCGAGUUCAUCUUUUUGCCUGAGCAGUUUCAUGACAGAUCUAGAAAUAAUCACCCCGGCACCACGCGCAGUGCCUUGUAUCGAUCUUGCCCAGGGAAUUGAAACUCGCCAGAAAACAAGGCAGGGAGGGAUGGCCAAAUUAUUAUGUGGAAAUCCCUCAAGCGGAAGAAAAGCCUCCCUUUGAUUUUUUUCCAAUGCAAAGUCGACUUCAAAUAACAAUUGAUAUUCAGUAUUUUUUAUCUGUUUUAUUCAUGUUUCAUUCAAAAUGUAAAUCAACAUUGAAUAAUGAUGCAUUUCUAUUGAUUGUUUUAGGUUUAACAUUAAGCAACAGUUGUGAUUGUGAUUAUUGUAUUAAAAGUUUUAAAAGUAGAAAAUAGUUUGUCUUACUUGUUCAGACAGACUUCUUAAAACCUUUCACUCUUUUCUCGAAAUUGCAAUCAAAAUAAUCCUUUUUUCAAACUACAAAAACUCACAGAACCUCUGAUUUGUUGGCAGAAUCAAUCGCAUCAAAAUGUUGUUUGUUUGGGUUUUUUUUUUUUAGCUUGAAACAAACUUUGUUUUCUUAUCAAACCCAGAAAACAUAAAUCUUAACCAGUCAGGCACAAAACAAAAAACACAGCAAUCAGAGGUGGCUCCAACAGAAAAAAAAGGUUCAUUAUUUUAGAGACAACAGUAAGCUAGAAAUGAACUUCAGUUCAUUACACCAAAUCAUGCAAUUUCUAAAAAUUAAGUCAAAUUAAAAAAAUGAAAUAAAGAACAAAACUUUUUUUUAACUCGUAGGAACAGAGGAGAGAAUUUGGUUAUUGAAACAUAAUAAACUCCAUUCAACUUCCUGUAUAACUUACCAUAUACUGGUUCCACCUCCAUCAGAUUUUUGUCAUUUGAUGAUGGUCCAGCAACAGACAAUUUGACACUUACGUCUGUAAGUUGUAGCGCCACCUGGUGGUGGUCAAUGGCCUCUAACUCAUUUUUUAUUGAAGGGAUGCAGCUGAGCUUUCUUCAAGACACACCUGAUGUGGUAAUGAACUGGCAAAAAAAUCAGCACCAUGUUUAAUUCAACUGCACCCCAAAAAAGAAAAAACUGUAAUAUUAUAAUAUAUCUACAGCCUCAUAAAUUUGGUAUAGAUCUUGAGGGGUAUGAUAAGAAAAAUAUUACGGUAUAGUAUAAUAAAAAAUUCACAGUAUAGUGUUAUAAAAAUGUCAUUUUUUCCAUACUAAAGAUGUGAAAUUUUGAUCAUACUAUCCUAUAACAUUUAAGUCAUACUAUGCUAUGACUUUUUUUUUAUCAUACUAUACUAUGACUUCCUGUCAUACGAAAAUUUGAAAUUUUUAUCAUAGUAUACUAUGACAUUUUUACCAUCCUACACUAUUAUAUUUUUGUCAUACUACACUAUAAUUUAUUCAUACUAAAAUUUCACAUUUUUAUCAUAGUAUAUUAUGACUUUUUUUUAUCAUAUUUUACUAUUAUAUUUCCAUCAAACUACACAAUGACAUUUUCAUUUUACUUUAUCUUAAUUUAAUUUCCCUACUUGAAUGUGAAUUUUUUUAUCAUACUUUAUUAUAACACUUAAACAUGCAAUAAUAUGUUAUUGCAUGUUAAAAUAAUAUCAAUCAUACGAUACUAUUACUUUAUAUCAUAUGAAAAUUUGAAAUGUUUUAAAAAAUAUACUAUGAAAUUUUUAUCAUACUAUACUAUUAUAUUUUUGUCAUACUACAGUUUAAUAUAUUCAUACUAAAAUUUCACAUUUUUUUCAUAGUAUACUAUGACAUUUUUUUAAUCAUACUUUACUAUUAUAUUUUCAUCAAACUAUACAGUGAUAUUUUCUUCUUACUUUAUUUUGAUUUAAUUUGAAUUUUUCAAUUUGAUUUAAUUUGUUUUUUCAUUAAUUGGCUGUGAAUAUUCCAGUAAUUCUUUUUCUCUCCCUUUUGUUUCGCCUACUUAAUAUUUGUCGAUGCAGUGACCCAUGUUUUUACAGCCUGAAUUCUCAACAUGAGGUGUUUACUCUGUUUCUUAACCUUUUCUUCCCACCAGGACCCCCCUCUGCUCCAAAAAUUUACCUCCAAGUCCCCCCUGACCCUCUAUCUGGUCAGUGGGCUCUUGUCUGUCUCACCGGGGGGUUCCACCCCAGCGAGCUUACCCUCACCUGGACUUACCAGAGCACAGCGGCAGAUAUCGAUCACCUGUCAGUCACCAAUUGCACCCUUCCCGCAAUCAGCCUUCACAGUAAUGUGUCUGGACACCCAGCUGAUGGAGCCCUGCUGUCUUCUGUUUGGUUGGUGAACUCCACACCUUUAAACCAGCCCAAGUGUUUCCAAGUGAUGGACAACUACAGCCAGGAAGUUUUCCUCCUCAGCCUGUUUCUCCUCCCGCUGAAACAGUCUUUGGACACAGGAGUCACCUUUACAUGUGGAGUCCAGGACCACCCUGCUCUGAGCACCGCUCUUACAACUUCCUUCACAUGGGGUAAAUAA